GGCCGCAGCCGCAGUCCCUGCUGUCCGGGCCUGCCGGCAGGCUCAACACCUCCCGGCCCCGAUUGCUCCCAGCCCUGCCCGGCAGCGCGGCCCUGCUGCCGCCGCUUCCACUACUGCGCACUGGGCGCGCCCCCCGCGCCGGCCGCGGCCAGAGCCGGGCGGGGCAGCCACCAACUGCGGUCCCGCGGGGAGCGGCUGCGCCGGGGCCGCCGCCCGCGCUCGCAGGACGGGAUGGACACCGAGAGCCGGCUACCGGGACUGGCGCUCCCCGCCGGCGGGGAAGGGCCCGGGGCCGACUCGCGUCUCGCCGCGGGUGCCCUCGGCACGGCCCAGGGGCCGCUGCUCGCCGCCGCCGAGGUGCUGGCCCUGGACGAUGAGGAAGACGACCUGGAGGUGUUCAGCAAGGAUACAUCUCUGACUGAGGUAAACUCAUUCAGUCCUUCAGUGCCAAUAUCCCCCUCAUCAAUGAUAAACCAGUAUAAAUUUGAAGAUGGGCCAGAAUUAAGAGAUCUCUUCAUUACAGUCGAUGAUCCUGAAAGCCACAUUACAGCCAUUGAAACAUUUAUCACAUACAGAGUAGUCACAAAGACAACCCGAGGUGAAUUUGACUCCAGUGAAUAUGAAGUUCGAAGACGAUACCAAGAUUUCAUUUGGUUGAAGAGCAAACUUGAAGAAGCACAUCCAACGCUGAUUAUUCCUCCGUUGCCUGAAAAAUUCAUAAUAAGGGGAAUGGUGGAAAGAUUUAGUGAUGAAUUCAUUGAGACUCGAAGAAAAGCUUUACAUAAAUUCUUGAACCGUAUUGCUGACCAUCCAACUUUAUCUUUUAAUGAGGACUUCAAAAUUUUUCUUACUGCACAAGCCUGGGAACUCUCCUCCCACAAGAAGCAGGGUCCUGGUUUGCUGAGCAGGAUGGGACAGACCGUCAGAGCUGUAGCAUCCUCAGUAAGAGGAGCAGUUAAAAAUCGUCCUGAAAUGUUUACAGAAAUGAACAAUUACCUGGAAACAUUUAGUCAGAAAAUAAACUUACUAGAUAAAAUAGCUCAUAGAAUUUACAAGGAAGAAAGGGACUAUUUCAGUGAAAUGAAGGAGUACGGCCCCAUCCACACGCUGUGGUCGGCGUCGGAAGAAGACAUCGCCGAUGCUCUGAAGGGCCUUGCCGGCUGCAUCGAGCGCUGCUGCAGGGCCACGGAGAGGAGAAUGGCAGGGCUCUCAGAGCACCUGCUGCCCAUUCUGCAUGAAUACGUUCUCUACAGUGAAAUUCUCAUGGGUGUUUUGAAAAGGAGAGACCAAAUUCAAGGCGAGCUGGAUUCCAAAGUUGAUGCUUUAGGCAGUAAGAAGCCAGAGAAGGAUGUGCUCUCAGAAGAGAUUGGGAAACUUGAAGACAAAGUUGAACGUGCCAAUAAUGCUCUGAAAGCGGAUUGGGACAGGUGGAAGCAGAACAUGCAGUGGGAUAUGAGAUCAACAUUCAUGAAUGUGGCUGAGAAUAAUCUCCGCUAUUAUGAAGAGUGCCUUGCUACGUGGGAGUCCUUCCUAGCAUCUCAAACAGUGGAUCUUCGUGUGGACGAAGAUUCUGAGGACAGGCCUUGAGUAAUAUCUCUGCUUGAUCUCUGCCUUUUCCAUGCAAUUCCUCCCAACCAAAGUGCUUUAUAUGAGAUCAGAUACAUUAUUAAAUUUUACUGUUAAAAUCAGUGAAAUGCAGGAAACCAGCUUAUUGUACACUCAGGUAUUCUAGUCCUGAAAUACAUUUUGAAACACGCUAUAUAUUGCUUUAUAUUGCUUAGCUCUGAUUUUACGUAUUUUUAUCCAUUUGCAUACAAAUGUUUUCAUAAAUAUUGUGUAAUUUUGAUAUAAAGUAUUUUAAAUAUGUAAAAAUAGCUCAAUUUUAAUAAAAAGUUGAAUAAGGAAA